AUGUCCCUUCUCUCUCUCUCUUUCUCCUCCCUUUCUCUCUCUCUCUCUCUCUCUCUCUCUCUGUCUCAGAUUGUCAGAAGGUCUCUCUUCACAACUAAUAAUGUGUCUCUUUGCCCAACUACCAGGAUGUCUCUCAGACUGUCAAUAUAUCUUUCUCUCUCUCUCUCUCAAACAGCUAAUAUGCCACUCUCUUUCCCUUUAAUACUGUCAAUAUGUCUCCAUCUUUCUCUCAUGCUGUCAAUGCCCCCCUUCUCUCUCUCUUUCUCUCUCUCUUUUCAGACUGUCAAUAUGCCACACCUCUUUCACUCUUAUGCAGUCAAACGGUUUUUCUCCACAACUGCCAAUAUGUCCUUUGCCCAACCGUCACACUCUCUCAGAAUGCCAAUCUCUCUCUCUCUCUCUCUCUCUCUCUCUCAAAUAGCUAAUAUGUCACUCUCUUUCUCUUUAAUACUGUCAAUAUGUCUCCCUCUUUCUGUCAUACUGUCAAUAUCUUCCCCCUCUCUCUCUCAGACUGUCAAAAGAUCUCUCACAAUUGCCAAUAUGUCUCUCUGCCCGACCGCCACACUGUUUCUGAGACUCUCAAUAUCUCUCUGUCUUUCUCGGACUGUCAAUAUCUCUCUGUCUCUCUCAGAUUGUCACUAUCCCGCUUCCUCUCUCUCACACUGUCAAUAUCACUCUCUUUCAGAGUCAAUAUCUCUAUCUUUCUCAGACUGCCAAUAUUUUUUUCCUUUUCCCAUCUUAUUUUAUUUUUUUUCGUCAUCUGGGUUUGAAACGGAGUUUCUCUUUCACUCUUUUUCUUCUUCUUCUUCUUCUUCUCUCUCUCUCUCUCUCUCUCUCUCUAAUUACUACUCCUUUCACAUAAUAAAAUCUUUUGCCUUCUAUCUAUCUAUCUAUCUAUCUAUCUAUCUAUCUAUCUAUCUAUCUAUCGCCCUAAAUAAUCUGCUUUCUUUUUGUUCUUUUUUUUAUCUUUCUCUUUUUUGUUCCCUUUUCUCUUCUACCCUUUUCUCUUCUUCUCUUUUCCUCUUCAUUUUUCCCUUCUUUCUUCCUUACCUCCACUUCCUCUUACUGCUACCGCCACAAUUCCUUUUUCUCCUAUUUUGUUUUCUCCUCCUUAUGUUUUUGUUCUUCCUUUUUUUCUUUCUCUUCUUCUUUCCUUUUGUUCUUCUUUCUACCUUACUUUCACUUCCUCGUACUACUACCCACACAAUUACUUUUCCCCCUCUUUUGUUUCCCCCUACCUAUCUCCUUCGUUUCUGUUCUUCCUUUUUCUUUUUCUUUCCUUUUUCUUUUUCUUUCCUUUUUCUUUUUCUUUCCUUUUUCUUUUCUUCCUUUUUUCUCAUCUUCCUUCCUUACUUCCACUUCCUCUUACUACUACUACCGCCACAAUUCCUUUUUCUUUUGUUUUCCUCUUUUUCGGCGAUCCGCGGAUACGGCCAACAUUUGGCAAGUAUUUCAACAUCCCCCCACACACAAACUUUACGAUUAUUAAUUGAGCUCCUUAUACUUUUUUUUGCCUGGAUGUGGCGGUCAGACUAA